CUCUGUGGUGGUUAGAGACUACUGUCAAAAGAUGGGAACAUAAAUUAAUUUAAAUGACUUCAUCUCUUCUAAGUAAUCUGACAUGGGGCUGUUGCUGCUGAGUUCACAAGAAGACACUGCUGCAGCUCCCCAGCUACCCACAGGCUUGCUAUGUAAGCCCAGUAUACCUCAUCUUGCUACAGAGUAACAGGGUAUGGUUGCAGAGAUGAAAUGGGAUAACAAACGUCACCUUCAGGGCUGAAACGGCUCUGUUCCCGAACUGAAUUUUGCUUUUAAGUUGUGCAGGAUGAUAACUAUACUUGUUUUACUGAAGCAUUCAGAAGUUUGGAGUGACAGAAAAACAACAGUGAAGGCAUAGAGUCCGUGAGGACAGCUGUAAGAAUUCAUUAAUCAUGAAUACAUAUCCAGGAAGGCUGGUUGAAUGCCUGGCAUUAACACUUCUGCUAGUGAAUCUACUGCUCUGGUAGAGUCCCCUGUGAAAAAUUGUCAGAAACUUUUAAGUUUGUAGUAGUUUCAUAUGAAAAACCAGAAAGUUACUAUAAAAUAAAUGAAGUAAAUAGACAUGAAAAUUGGGUGUGUAUGGAGAUGAGCUUUUAGCUGAAACUAGUUUUAAUUUAUUAUUGGAAAAUAAACUUCAUAGGGAGGUGAGAAUGGACAGAAAGCAUUAAGUUAUGAAAUCAAAUCUGUUGCAGGUAGUUUAUAAUAUAAUCCCAGUGCAUCCAGCUCCAUAUACAGCUAAUUAGGUGGUUUGCUCUGAAACCUUCUAAUAAACUCUGAAGCCUUCUAGUACUGUAGCUACUCUUCUGGGGAAUAGCAACCUUCUUGUAACUUCCACGCCAGAUGCAGUCAUGUGUUUGAGGUUUAGAAUGUUUAAAUAAGGGAGAAAAGCCUUGGAAAUAGUUCUGCAUGCUUGGUUAAUAUCCUUGUGAGUUCUAAUUUUUAGCAGCAUACAUACAGCUGUUUAAAAAACAAACAUGUUUUUAUAACGAAGUUUCUAGUUAAGCAUAUUACAUUUGUGCAUUUACUUAUUUCAGGUACAUACAUCCCUAUUUUUACCUAUUCACAAUUAACCAUGGACUGCUAACAAACUGCUGUCCAGUCCAUCAGAACAAAUAAUUGUUUUUCUACAUGCUUUUUAUUCCAUUUCACUAUAGCUGUCUGUGGCCCUAAAAAAGUAUAGAGCCCUAGCAGUAUAUCUUAAAUCUAGUUAUUAGGGAAGCAGAAUACUUUUUGUUUGACCAAGGAGGGUGUUUCCACUGACUGCAGUAGAAGAACCAGAGUAUAAAAUCCAAAUCUUGUGCAGGCAGGCCAGAUCUAUGAUAGCAGUUGGACUCGGUGUGGCAACUGUUGCAUUUGCAGGUCGUUAUGCAUUCCACCUUUGGAAGCCAUUGGGGCAGGCAAUUACAGAGACAGCAAAAAAGAUUUCAACUUCUAGUCUUUCAUUAUACUAUAAAGGAGGAUUUGAGCAGAAAAUGAGUAGGCGUGAAGCAAGUCUUAUUUUAGGUGUAAGUCCAUCUGCUGACAAGGCCAAAAUCAGAGCAGCCCAUAGAAGAAUCAUGAUCUUGAAUCAUCCUGAUAAAGGAGCACCAGGUGAAGGGAUUUGUGCCUCCAUGCUGCCCCUGCAGCUCUUCUGUCAUGGCCAAAGAGAGAAGUGUUGUCUAAUGUCUUCAGCUGCAGAGUUCAGACCUAGAACAAUCUUGAACAUGUGGCAUUGCAGAGAGAUUUGCUUGGUUAUGUUUUCAACUUCAUUUCUUCUGGCUCUGGUAGCACAGAUGUGCUUUUAAAAGCAAUAUCCAACAUUAGAAUGUAAUUCUACCAGCUGGCGUUGGUAGAAGAAAGAUCAAUAAAUACAGAUUUGAAAAGUUACUCGUAUUACCUGAGAUUCAAAACAAUGAAGAAACCGUGAUUAGAAAUAAAUCACUAAUAGAAGUUUGCAUAAGAACAUCCCUGGUGAGCAGUACUAGAAUGGUUGCUCAUUAACCUUUGCACAGUUCAGUUUGAAAGUGUUUUUAUAUUGAUAUACUGUAUGUUAUUUUUUAUAUGUAUUAUUUAUUCUGUGAAAGAAUGCUUGCUAACAGAAACAGAGGAAGAGAUGAGCCUUUUGGACUUGCUUUAAUUAUAAACAAACACUUAAGCAAUCAUGAGAUUGAAUUUUCUCUCAUUGGAGGGCUGCAAAAUUAAUAUGGCACUUGAGGGUGUUUCAGGAUGUGAACAUAGUAAAAACACUUCUCACUGAAUUGAAUUUACUUUAAGAUCCACUCUAGUAAUGUAGAAACUGAAGGCAAAGUUGAAAAUUACUUGGGAUACAUAGUUUAUUGCAGCUUAUAGUCCUUACUGUUUUAUCUUCUUGUCAGGGUUUUGAAAGAAGCAGUACUCAGUGUAGUAGACAAUUUUCUGUCCUUGCCCUGCCUCACUUUCCUCACAUGUCUUUGCUAUUAGGACUGCAUUCAAGCAAAACAGAGCAUGAACAAGACAGCUGAACUCCGUUAUUU